UGCUACAUACCCCAACUUCAUGGUUGCUUGGUGGGAUGUUGAUACGGUCUUAUUGCCGAUUCAUUCAUCCCCUAAUCAUUGGCUAUUUGGGGAACUACGAUUAGCGUCAAUGGAAGUGCAUAUUUAUGACAGUCUUGGUAGAGGUGCUUAUGAAAAAUUCCAAUCCGAAGGAAUCUUUUCCAAAUUUGAACGUCGGGUGGCAAAUUAUUUGGACAAGAUUAAGUAUUGGGCGCGGACGAACAUCCCAAGGAUUCCAUUGAAUAUGCAAUUCAUUUAUGAAGAAAACGUUCCCCAACAAAGUAGUCAUUUGGGAGAUUGCGGUGUUUUUCUUUGUAUGUUUAUGGAGCAAUUGGUUUCAGGUCAACCAAUACGUGUUCUUAUUGACCCAAAGAACGCAGCUUUAGAGUUCCGUCUCCGGAUGGCAAAAAUUAUUUGGGGGUCUAGUCUUGCUCCUCUGUAGUUGGAUUAUAUAAAUGUAUAUACAAAUUAAUGUUGGAUUUCAUUAUUAGUUUAUCUUUAGAGUUUACUCAACGGAUGACAAAAAAUAUAACGUUACGACAAUUACAACAAUUUAAUGACCUACUAAUUACUUAUCAAUAAAUUCAACAUAAGAACGACCACAACAUUUGUUUUAACGUUACAAAUACAAUAAUUUAUUGACCUAACAACUUCAAAACCAUAAAAACAAUAUUGAAAAGCUUACAACUUGUAAACAAGAACUGCCAAGAACAACACCCAACUACAAACCAACGCUAUCUUUAACUUCUUAUUUUCUGAUUGAAAGAGCUUAUUAGAGUUAGCUACUUUAGCUAUUACCAUAGAAGAU